AUAAAUGCUGGGUUUGCUAUCCGUCUUCUCUCAUUAUUCAUGUGAUAGUGGUAAAAGCUCAAAAGAGCCAAAAAAAAAGAAGGAACCUUUUCUCUCUCUCUCUCUCUCUCUCUCUCUCUCUAGAAAUGCUGAAGAGACAAGAGAGUUCACUCUCAUCGUCUCGCCGUCAGGCGGCCGCUGCCGCCGCCGCGACACCACCGCCGGAAACUCACCAUGCAAAAGCCAUCGGUUGCAUGUCCGGCCUCAUUCAACUCUUCUCCAAAUAUCAAAAUCCCAACAAACGCCUCACAUUUGGUAGAAAGCAUGAAAAGCGGAAGCCUACGUCACCAACCAAAACCAAAGAAUCACUUCCGGCCAAAAAUCCUCCAUUCUCACCCAAACAAGACAGAUCUAAAAAGCAAAAUUCCGAUGUAAAAGUGCCGAGGAGCCCCACCCUUCCGCCGGAGAUCCGGCGAUCGGACGCCGCGAAAUCGCCGCACAAUCCGAGGACUCCGUCGUCCUCGCUGGUGGCGAGGCUGAUGGGUCUGGAGGAUAUCGGCGGCUGCGCCGCCGUGAAACGGGCGGCGCCCGAGGAAGACCGCACCGCCGCCGAGAAAAGGCAGCGCCUGCUGGAAGCUCUGGAGAAAUGCAACGAGGAUUUGGAGGCGCUGAAGAGGAUCAUCAAGGCGGUGCAGACCUCCGACGUGCGCCUACAGCCGCCGCCGCCGCAUCGGAGUGUAAUACUGCAUUCCAGCGGCGGAGAUAAUGAGGGUUCAAUGUUGUUGGUGAAACCGUACAUAGAGAAGUGUACGGACGCGGGUGAUGAGAAACGGAAUAUUCCGGUGGAGGAGGAGUGUCUGUUAACUCGUUCACCCCUCAGCGGCUUUUCCGGCGCCGGCGCCGUACAGAAUACUAAUACUGCAGGAGCGACGAAAAUACACGCAACGACACAACAACGCAAGCCCACGUCAGCGAAGAAGCCAGGCGAAGACGACGAACCAACAGCCGCCAAACUACUCAACACCGAUUCAACGCUCCAGAUGAGGCGGCGGGCAGCGUCCGCCGCCGUAGCGCCAUCGUGGUGCAGUAGGGCGAUGGUCCAUAGUGUAGAAGAAGUCUGCGUCGACAUCGCUUGGGGCGAAAAGAGGGAGGUUGGGAGAAUAGGGCUUGUUUUGCAGGAUCAUUUAUGCAGAGAAUUGAUUGAAGAUCUUGUUAAGGAGAUGAAUUCUAAUUGGCCAAUUCGUCCUUUGCCCCUUGAAGCAUGCAAGAGGAAGCUUUGUUUCUAAUGUAUUUGUUUGUUAGUACUAAUUAGUACAAUUUGCCAUUUGAUCAAGAUACAUGUAGUGUGUGUGUGUGUGUGUUUCUUGAUCUUUUUAAUUUGGUAUUUAUACUACUUUCAAUAAAAUGAUCAAAUUAUGUUCCAUAGAAGAAAAUAUUACAAUACGAAAUAAUAUUAGGGGAAAUGAGUGAUAACCCUCUACUUUUGAAAAUAUAUAUGAGGAGACCCAAUGAGUUUUUUUGUCCUAGUCAAAAACCCAAAUUUUGAUCUUAAUUUGUCAGACCCCCCUGGACCAAAGGAUAUGACUGUUUUACCCUUAUUGGGCAGUUUUUGGGAAUUAAGACACGAUGAAAGUCACGAUCUCUCAUUUGAUUUUCUCUUCCACACAUUAAACCCUAAGUUUCUCUCCACCCACAGCCCUUCGCCUCGAAGCGCCGCUCCUCACAUCCCUAGUGUCGCUCCACCAUCUUAUCUCAAUCCGUCCCCUUCAAACCCGUCGCAGCAAGAUCUGAAGCCAAAGUUCAAGCAGGGGAACGACAAUUGUAUUGCAGUCUGCUCUUGCGAGUGGAUUCUCGAUCCGGUGAUCGGCUGAGAACGACAACUGCGAUACUCGUGCCAGAUCUGGCGGCGCGUGCGGGUACAAUCAGGAUGCGCGUCGUUUGAUUGCAGUUUGCUCUUGUGAGUGGAUUCUCGAUCCGGUGGUCGGCUGAGAACGUCAAUUGCGAUGUAUGUGCCAGAUCCGACGACGUGUGGGGGUACAGUCAGGAUGCGGUGUCGUUUGGUUUCUAUUGCAGUGACGAGCGUCGUGAUAGCAGUUGCAUCGAUGAUACCCCACCCGGUGGAGGAAACACUGUGAGUUUAAUUUUAGGAGUCGACUUGUACAUAAAACGCGAUUGUUGUGGCAAGAAAUAUAU